AUGGAUGACAACUUUAGAGUUAUCGACCGGGAUCAAUUACAGACAUUCAAAGAACUUCUCAACGCUGUCCUCCCAGACGUCCACUUUACGAUGGAGGAGGAAGAGAACAACCAGCUGGUCUUUCUGGAUGUCCUCGUUUGCCGCGAAGACUGCGGUGUCCUAAAGACCAAAAUGCUCAGAAAAGCGACAAGUACGAAGCAAGUCCCGAAUUUCAACGGCAACCACCCAACCAGCCAGAAACGCAGUUGUGUAAGGCCGCUCUAUCGGCGUGUCGAAACGCACUGCAGUGAGCCGGAAGACAAGAUUGUCGAACUAAAAUACCUCCGACAGGUCUUCAAAGCCAAAGGCUACCCGCGCAACUUCGUCAACCGGUGCAUACGCAAACUGAACAAGGGCCAAGCCGCAUGGUCACCAAAUUUUUGUGAGCUCCUCCGUACGACAAGAACGUUUUGAUGGUCGUCGGCCGCCUUCCCGCACCACUUGGGUUGGAGUUACACACAGGCCGGAGGCAACUAUCAGGCGUCGGAUAAUGACACUGAAAGGCCCACUGCCACUGCAAGAAACGUCUGGAGUCGGUUAUCAUAUCUGAUGCAGUUGCUAACAAAGCCACUACGUCGGUGAAACCAAGAGACUAUCCCGAACACGAAUGGCGGAACACGCAGCAGCAGUGCGGAGAAAUGACGCCAGCUCCCAAGUUACGGCUGACUCGACUUAAUCCGGACACGCAUUUAAUUCCAACGAGACCGAAAUUCUCGCUAGAGUUGACAACCGCGUGAGCCGCGAGCUGCCGGAGUCAAGGUUUUUUGGCCCCUAGUCUAUUAACAAGUGCAGUGAUCUUCCCCUUCUAUUUUCGGUGUUGAGACAUCGCCUAGGGGAGUAAUUAGACACGCGGGAAGCGCACAGGUGAACACUGUUAUUAACGCCGGGGUUGGCGGGUCAGAUGGUCGAGCCAUCACCACCCUGACCUUCAACACUCGUGGUGAAAUUGCAGCGAUAAACGACACGAAUGUCGGCCAUCGAACAUUCCUUGCACCAAGUGCGACGAUCCCGGAUGAAGGGAGGAGCCGUGAAUGUUCAUAGGUAUGCGGUAGCAUGGCAACUGCAUCCUAUAAAUACCGCAGCCCCUUGUGCGUGAACCACCCGUAUCUGACAAUGUCUCCGACGAUGGAAUCGAGCAGGAAUCCGAAACAUCAAGCAAAUAAAGCUCUUGUUCCAGCGACCCUGUUUCCUUCGUACGUCAUACUUGUUUAUUUGCAUUCCGUCAACUUUUGCGGUCAUUAAUUUGUAGCAAGUCUUGGGGAACCAUAAUGUAGUAGGUAGCACAUGGUUUUAUUCAUCACACUGCCGGUGUUUGAACGCCUAAUUGACAAUCGUUUCUUGACGGCCAGAGCCAGCACGGCCUUAUCAUUAUUAUAAGGCGCAUGCUGGGCCGUUGAAUAAAUUAGACAAAAAACUUUAAAGCCCUUAAUGUUCAACGGAAUUAUCGACACCGUCAGACAUGCAUGUAAAGCAGUUUAGCACAGGAUUUUAUUUCUCCAAACGCAUACUGACCUAUCGCAGCUUAGAAAUAAGAACGAAUGAUGUCUUGGGCUUUUGUUGAUAAAGAGAGUGAUAACGAAGGCAGAAUGUCGAUAGGGAUAAUGUGACGUACUUCAGCAACAAGUCCGAUUCUGUGGUAGUUGGGCGCUAACCGAUCGUUUCUACGGAACCCACUCGUCCCGUUGUGCCUUAUGGGCUCUCUCUCGAGCCCAACCGGCAGCGCGUGAUAUAGGCAGAAUGGCAUUGCUAAUAAAAACAAGGGAGACUGGAAUGGUCAUUUCUGGCUUAUUAGCUUAUGUCAGCCAGUCAUACCCAGCCCCGAAGUGUGAAACACCUGGGGCUUGAACUCACGAACGGUUGGUUAGAAGUCCAACGCCUCUAACCACUGAGCAACAGGCUCGUUGUCCUGUAGUUUGCAGUCGGAAAUAUACAAUGGUAGGGUGCACAAUGAGACGAGUGAAUUCUGUAGAAACGAUCGGUGAGCGCCCCUCUACCAUUGUAUAUUUCCGACCGCAAACUACAAGACAACGAGCUCGAGGCUCAGUGGUUAGAGGCGUUGGACUUCUAACUAACGGGUCGUGAGUUCGAGCCCAGAUGUUCCACACUUCGGGCGGACGACGGCCAAUAAGCCCGAAAUGACCAUUCCAGUUUCCCUUGUUUUUGUCGGUAAUGCCAUUACGACUGAUGCUUCUAAUGCCACUGUAGUGACGAUUUUCACAAUGCUUAUAAGUUUGCAGUCAACGGCGACGGGGGUAUAUUUUUACGCCCAAGGUUCUGGAUUAAUUGUCAACUUCACAAUAACUGAGGAGACAUAAACAGAGAACGCAACGUUUACUGAAUGUUUUUCUGUGCCAUCGUGCCGCAUCACUACGAUGUGGACAGCCUUUGACUCACGUGUUUGUAACCCUUUGCCAGGUGUUUGUUCUCCUUAAAGCCGAAUUCAUCAUCGGAUCACAUUGAGCGAACCGCAAUUGUGUGGUUUGUGCCAUUUCUCCUCUCCAUCGUUACAUGUGUGACUCUCCACCUUUGACAGAGACCUCUCGUCUUUCCGACGUACUUGACUUCCCUGUAUCUGCAGUGAAUAUCGCAAAGCGUCCCAUCCUGACACGAUUCAUUAGUAGGGGACGGGUGUUCGUCUUAAGAUCGUUUGCAACCCUCACACCGAUGGCAUGUUAACACGAUCGACAGCUACUCCAGGUUUGUGAUUAAUUUCCGAGGAAAUUAAAAGCAACAGUUUUUACGACGUUCUCAUCCCAUAGGCAAAUUUAUCGAAACUUGGGCCUACUGGGGUCUGACCUCUCGUCACGUUUUUACAUGUACCAGUCAACUAGAAUGUUGUAAACCCCUGUUAAUGCAUUGAAAUUAGACAAUCAGUUGUUUGGACUCUACGAACAUCGGCGCAAGCUUCAGGCGACUGAUUUUGCAAAACGGCGUAGCUAGGUCAGUGACAAUUAAUUAAAUCAGGAAGGCUUCAGAAUUGCGAGUUAUCAAAGUCAAAUCACCUUUUUGAGAUCACAUCAGAAAGCUCGGAAUGCUGGAUACGAUCUUCUGACAUGUUGUUAAAUCUAUCUAUUGUGCGCACAAGAAACUGUAAUCGGCCUGCAACACUGUCAGGCCUCAGUUACCUUUGAAAUGGUUCGUGUAGGUUGUCACCACAGCACCGGUUCUUUGAAAUGGCGGCUUUCACAUGCAGAAAAGGCACGCCCGUGCGUAAAUAUCUACCCCUAGUCAGUCACAAAGUGCACACACUUUCCUCCUUCUCCUAAAGUCCACCUUUCGCGUCGCACAGAAGCCGCAUACAGGAAUGUAAAUAUUAGGUUGCAUGGAAAAUACUCGCCGAAUUCAGCAACUAACAUCUUUUUCCUGAAAACUUUAACAUUUCAUGCGUCAGAAUUAGCCAAAAUAUGGUCUUUGAAAGCUUACGCGUCUGAGACAUCGAUGAAAAAGAGUAUUUUUGGUUAGAUGGUAGUUGGUAGCCCUCCCGGUGCCGAAAACUCCCAGCUACCUGUCUUACGGGACCAGUGGUAAUAGGGGCUAUACGGGUGGGGCAAAUGAGUGGAGGCGUAAAUGGCGCUGGUAGUGUACGCCUGGAAAUGACGCUUCUGCUAAAGUGAAAGCCUAAUUUAAAUAAGGUGAAAAGUGCAAGAUGGGUAUGGAAAUGAGCAUGGUUAAUUAGAACGGUAUGCGGAAUAAAUGCAGCCUUACCCCAGAUUGGAAAGAAUAGCAAUUGAAGUUGAACAACCAAUGGGAAGAAGGCGGUGUGUCUUAAUGUCAUUCCGCAGUAUGUGCGAUAGUACUCAAACAGACAGAAUGGACAUUAGAACACGAGAAUCAAGCAGCGGCACGCAGGACGGCAUAACUCAAGCGGAGUAAGACUUUAACGCCAAGAAUAUGUUUGGGCAGAAGAGAAAAUCCGCAAAUAAUAGUUUAUUGCCACUGUGGCCAUAUUUGGGAUUAAAACUAUGGCAGUAGUUGUGUGCUAUACGUGGGUGGAGUAUCGGUAGACACCCUAUUUGCGCGACGGUUGUCCUUGUCGUACACGAUCACCCCGGACUCUGCAGGAGGUCUGGAGUAAAAAGACCUAAGGACGCAGGCAAACCGACAAAUCGGAGACCCGCGCCAAUCCGCCUAGGAUGGUAAUGAGAAACAUGAUGAAUCAUAAUGCGCCUAGGAUAAAUCUUUCGCCUUUUACUAAAGAUUUACGUGUGGGGGGUGCAAUACGAUGAACCUAUAUAAGCAUUUUUGCAGCGCCACGUUCUCGGGGCGGUUAAAGUGAACAAGAAAUUCACCCUGACAGGGCUUCUGCGCGUGCACUCCCAGACAUAAUGAGAACGUAAUCACAGCUACUGAAAUCGUAGUGCCUUAAACUGGAAGUGCAGGAAAGGAUCGCUAACUGGCAGGGCUACCAACCACUAUCCCGCCGUAUUUCUACUUCGUCGACAAAAAUUAACUGGUUAUGAUUUUAAAAACUCAUAGAAUCCAUCUUCCGCCUCCGUUUUGUUGCUUGAAAAAGUGUCUAGAUGUUUGAAACAUGGUAGUCCGCGAGUCAUCGAGUUUUUGCAGUGUCAUCCCGGUAACAUGAAUGGCUGCAAUGGGUAGUCCCCACCCUUAACCCGUAAGCAUUUAGGGAAAACCGCAACCUUAAGCCUAGGUCUUAACUGCGUAAGCCAAAGCCAAAAACCUUAGCCCAAACUUCCUACCCAUCAUUAUAAACCCAAAUCUUUACGUCAACCGCAAAUGCAGACUACAACCUAGGCCUGUAAACCUUAGUCCUAGAAAUUUUGGUGGUCAAAGAUGUGAGAUCUGCUUAAAUCACACACGAUAAUCUCGUUUCGUCUUAUGUCCGACGUCAGGGGGCUGUGACGACAGGUUUAUUCUGUACACGGGGCAGGUUGCCGUGAGUUGGCUGUUUGACUAUGACAGAGAUAGGCGUCCGUUUACGGAGAGCGUCAGUCGCGGUCUCAUGUACCCGGCCCGUGUUACCAAUCAACGAAAGAAGUUGCAUCGCUUGGCUUCGAGAGCACGUGAGGGUAGUGGCAAACCUUGCAUGGUGCAGGCAGAGAAUCGAUCAGGAGUGCCGUGUGGACGGGAUUGCAGCGAGACAGAUCGAGGGUUAGUGUGUGCAGCCGUUGCGCGUAUGCAGUCGAACUAGGAGGCACAGAAACGGCUGCUAUAAAAUAACCCAAGUCCUUAUACUAACCCUAACUCCAACCGUAUCCUUAACCCUAAUCUUCAGCCCGAUCCGUGCAACCUUAACGUUAAUAACUCUAGUGAAAAUCAAAUACCGCGCUUCGCAUGACUCAUUUGCCGACCUUUUGUCAAACAAACCGUUAUGAAAUAGAGAAUAGCGUUGUCAUCAAAGACAGUGGAGACUGGAAUGACCAUUGCUGGUUUAUUAUCUCUCGACUGCCAGUCGUACCCAAUCCCAGAGCGUGAAACACCCGGGGUUCGAUCCCGCGGCCUGUUGGCUAGAAGUCCAACAUACUAACCGCUGAACCACGGGCUCGUAGUAGGGUCGGUUGCGAUCAGGUAUAUACAAUGUGGUGAACGCUCACCGAUCGCCUUGCGGGACUUACUCGUCCCGUUAUACCUUGGGGCCGCAUCACACCUACCCAGGUAAGAUAAGAUGAUAAUUUUUUUGAAAAACCUACCAUGGGAUCACAUACCCUAACCCUGCAUACUGUCAAAAUGAAAUGUCGUUCAACAUAUUAUUGAAUUUCAAGACAAAUGUUUGAGAGCUUGUUUGUUGUUGGGAGUCGAGUUGAAACCAUUGCAUAUGGAGCCACAACGAAGGAGAAUCAGUUAACAGGAUGAAUUUGUUGACAAACAUUUGGCAUUUUAAAAAAAUCGUGGUUAAGUGACGAUGGCCAGCUUCUUGUACUUUAACCCCAAGCCUGAACAGUUUUGCAGUCUGCAAUGUCAAUAUGGGUGUACUCCUGUAGUCCGUCGCUCUCCAAAUCGCACAACUGAUAAAAUUAUCAUUCUAUCCUUAUAUGUACAAUUAACUGCCUCCUUAAUCUAAAUUGAUCUUUAAGAACGGAUGAGAAAGGUCUGCAUGCAUUUCCAGGGCAUUUUUUCGCAAUAAAUGCUCGCUUUUGAUUUUUCGCCUCUUCCAGCUAACUGAUUAAAUCACAAUUAUCAAGAAAUCACUAUUUUAUUAGGAUGUAUUCCUCCAAUUGAUCACCUUUAUCUGUGCAGAUUUCGACGAACUGUUUCAUAAUGAAGCCUAAAGGAAGCCAAUAUUUGAAAUCGUAAAAACGUGUACUAUGGGUUUGUUCAGUGUGAGGUGGUUGAUUCUUUCAGCUGUUGUUUGAUGUACUUUGCUUAACAAUAAUCAGUCCCAUUUCGUCGAAUGCACUUUCUUUGAAUGUACUCUGAAAGAAAAAAAAUCGGAUCAUAUGGGAUUUUUGCAUGUCUUUAAUUUAUUUAACGUUACAAUGCCAGACUGUUAGCUGUUCACUUUUUUGAAUUGUUUAUUCAAGAGAGAAAAUUCAAUGUGAUAUGGAGGUUAUUUAUACUGUGUAAUUUUCCAAAUAUGUCGCCCAGCUAAAAAACUGUCUAAAAUCCAAAAUAGAAUCCGUAUAGAGUCUGAUUCGACUGCCUACGCAGACUUCAUGUAGGAGGCUACAUAAGCGAUCGCUAACUGGAAAAUCUCCACCCAGUAUGCACACCCAUCCCGCGCUCGUAUGCUCCAUCGAAGAUCCACAAGAACGACCCAGCAGUCCGUCUAAUCUUGGGCAUGCGAAACUCUCCCUACCAUGCGAUAUUCUAACAAGUAGAGCUGACGGUAGCAUUCGAAGAAGUGCCUAUUGAAAGGAUACCUGGUUUGAGCAAUAUAAGAACUUCUGCGGUUUGGUAUCCCUUCAUUAGAAAUGUAAUCUAGUCGGCUGUUUGGCGCAAAGGGCUAGAAAAAUCUGUUCGGCGGAUAGCGCUUGUGAGGACCUUAGAAGAGAACGGGACCUGCUUCGCCAAAAUGUGUAUCCUGACGGAUUUGUUGUAAGGGUUCUUGCCAAACGACCGGAAAAAACUCAUCAUACCGAUGACGGAAAAGAAAACUCUCUUCCUCAAAGUCCCCUUUCAGGGGCAAAUGACGACUGAACUCCUGAGAAGGCUUCUUGACCAAGCCGUUUCACGGACCUUCCCGACAGCAAGAGUUCAAGUAUUGUUUUCGACAAACGUCCUCUUACGCGGGACAGGUAAGGAUAGGCUACCAGUUCAGAUCACCUCCAUGUGCAUUUACUCCAUUACUUGCUCCCGUAAAGCGGGCAAUAUUGGUCGUGCGGGUCGGCACCAAUCUCCAAGAAUACGGGAACACCUGCCGGAGUGGCUGAGGGAAGCUGAAGUUACGAAAAUCCACAGCUCCAUCCUCGCACACAUGGUUGAUUCUGGGCGUUGUGAGGAUCCAAACGAAACCUUCCGUGGGAUUUACAGGGUUCCUCCUAACUACCCUAAGCGACUGGGUCAGCGCCUACUAACCGACUACAAAACCGACUACCAUCGGGCUACAGAGGCCGGUCCUGUACGUGCAGAAUAACCUCUCUCGCGCUCCGCGUCUACCUUAGCCAAAGAUCGAUUAACUACGUGCAUGUCUCCGUGCCCCCGCACCCUUCCCUCCCCCCUUGUGACACGGCUCGACCUCACCCUCACUGUCACUGACCACCUCCUCUCCCCCCCCUACUCACACAUCCCGUUUGUAUGUAAAGACGGACCGUAAUCGAUUUCCUUAUCGUUCACAGGUUUUACAUUGUACCACUUCCCCAUAUAAAUGUACAGGCCCGAUGAGAAUUUAUCAGAAGCCGGCGCAUGUUCGUCAAAUGGUUUUCUGACUUUUAAUUGUUUUUUUUUUUGCUAAUCCCGCAAGAGUAAAACGUAAUUGGGAUCAUCUAAUAAUGGUCAUCAAGACAUCAAUACACACAGAUUUUGGAUUUACGUUAGUAUUUGGUGUAAACCAAACUCCCUCUUCACAGCUUCUCAAUAUUAACCGAUAUGCUGCCAAUUUGAUGAAAUCGACGUUGUAAAUUUGGGGAUGCAAAAAAACUUCGAAAGCACAAGACGAGAGCUGCGUGACUAUAACAAACUAACCUAAUGGUCAUCUAUUUGUUUUAGUUAAAAAGUCAACUGGCAUAACUAGUAUGUGCUUUUUAUAAUUAGCCCCAAAAACCCUGGGCAAGCCUUGUAUCCAUUACUGGUAAAAAUGCACCCUGUCUAAUUAAUAAACAAGCACAAUUGUGCGUGUAAAUUAAUAUGCAAGAGUUGCUACUUAGGAGAAGGGGAUAGUGAGAAUUAUUUAAGGAGAAUGUGGCUGUCGACAUGGACGGGGAGGAUUGAAAUAAUCAUUACUGCCCUAUUAUCCCUCAUCAGCCAGCUGCACUCAACAUCAGGUGCGGUUACGCAAGUCGCUCGAACUCGUGCCGUCUUGGUAACUAGUCCGGUGGCCUAAUCAUCAAGUCACGAGCUCGUCUUCUUGCAGGCUGCAAUUGGAUAUAUCAGUAAUGGUAGUUCAGAAGACGAAGAUGUGAUCGCUGGAACGAGAAAUUUAUUGGCCUGACGUUUCGUAUUCUCACCCUAAACCAUCAUCAGAGACAGUCACAGAUAAGGGUAAUGGUGGCACAAGGAGUGCAGUAUUUAUAGCACGUGGCUGCCGUGGGACCAUAUGCGCACUGUAAUUAACAGCUCUCGGAAUCACCUUGUGCCACCAUUACCCUUAUCUGCAACUGUCUCUGAUGAUGGAUUCGAGUGAGAAUCCGAUGCGUCAGGCCAAUAAUUUUCUUGUUUCAGUGGUCACAUCUUCGUCUUCUGAACUGCUACCUGGAACUCGCCUGUUCGCUUCUAUCAGCAGCAAUGGUAGUCUUAUUCUACAAAUAAUACUAAUAGCUGUGGGGCUUCCUGCAGGACACUAAAUAGAACCCCAAACACAGCGGGCAUCAGGCGGGCUUUUGAAUUUGAGCCGUCAUUUUUGUAGCUCUCCAUUCACGUGUGGAUUUUUACUAAUUGUACAUUAUUGUGCCUUUUCUCUUCGAUAUAUUGAACUGUUUUGCAUCCUUUGUUUGUCUGAGCUAAGAUUAUGAGGUCGUCUCUACAGUACGCUAGCACCCUUAUGAGCGGAAUUAAAUUGUCAAUUUCACUUACGAACGAUCAUGAUGCAAACUGUUGUACUUUACGACCAAUAUGUCGUAUUUGUGAUCGUUCUGAGUUAAAUUUAUCAAAUAUUCGUCAACAACGGCCUAUGCAUAGGAGAAAACACCGUUGUGGCUGGCAAUUCGCAUUCAAACGUCAGCCGAAUCACAAAUCGUCAAUUCCCGCCUUCUUAUCGACAAACUAUCGUUCUAUUUUCAACAAAACCCAUGAUUUGGAGCUACUUUUGUCGAAAAAAGAACACAGCAAAACUGAAGUUGUUUGCCUUCAAGAGACGUGGCUUAAUAGUGACAUUGAUUCGCAACUUAUUACACCCCCAUCCUUCUACUGCUUUCGAACAGAUAGAAAAUCUUUAUCUUGUGGCAGAGGUGGAGGCGUUGCCAUUUUCGCUAAUCAAAAUUGGUGUAGAGACUGUAAGUCCUUUUUUCUUACUCUGAUGAUUUAAUAGAUGUCAUCGCUGUUUUAUGUAAGCCCAGUAUGUUAAGUAAUUUUAAAGGCAUCAUAUUUGUUAGCAUUUACAUUCCCCCCUCUUCCUGGAAGGCGCAUUAACCCGUUUUUUCGACUUCCUCUCACAAAAACUUGCUAUAUUAUCCUGCGACUAUCUUACUCUCUUAAAUCUUGCAGUUCUCAGAUAGCCCCUAUUUUAACGCAGCUAAUCAAUAUGUCAUUCAUGGAGUCCAAGAUUCCCGACGCCUGGCGUACAGUGAGAAUCACUCCCAUCCCUAAAAAGCCUGCUAACUUUGGUCCUAAAUCUUUUCGCCCAAUUGCCUGCUCCUCUGCAAUACUAAAGCUUGCUGAAAGAGUUGCCCUAGAUAUCAUAAAGCCUUUUUCUUCCAGUUUUUCCGACCCCUUACAAUUUGCAUACAAAGCUAAACGGAGUACUUUAGAUGCUGUCGCUCUUGUGGUCCACUCUGCUCUACAAGCAUUAGACAAGGGUUGCCGCGAGUAUGCGUGAGCUUUUCUUGAUUACUCCUCCGCCUUCGAUACCGUCCCGCGCCCUCUUCUCCUUUCCAAAACCUCCGUAUGUGGCUCUCCAGGCUGGGUCGUCUCUUGGCUGAGCGAUUAUUUUACCUUCCGCACCCAAUUUGUCCAAUCUGGCAAGCGGAAAUCUUCGACCCUUCCCAACGACUGCGGUGUUCUUCAAGGUUCCAUUCUAUCCCCUCACCUUUUCUCCCUCCACACUGAUGAUCUCAGGUCCCCUAAUGACUGUCUCCUGGUCAAGUAUGCUGACGAUGUGGUUGUUGGACACCCUUUCAAAAGUCAGACACACCUCCGGUCUCUAAAGGAUGGUCUAAACCAUGUCCUAGCGUGGUCGGAGGAAAAUGGUCUCCUAAUUAACAACCAAAAAUCCGUUCAGUGUAUUUUUCGACUGCGGCCCUCUCCUAACCCUGAUUCCUCUGACAUCCUUCCUAACGAAGUAACCUCUUUCAGGUAUCUCGGCGUUACUUUGUCCUCAAAUCUUUCUUUUUCCCUCCAUAUUGAGUCCCUAUUUAUUAAAGUUCGUAAACUUCUUUACUACAUGUUCUUAGACAGUCUGCCGACGUCGGUACAAACAACUUUGGCCUCUGGCUCCGACGACCUGGACAUAUCAAAGUUAGCGGAGAUGGCUGACCGUAUGAUGGCGGUUGAGCGAUUGUCAUCCCCGACCAUUGCUCAGUUGUCCCAGCCUCUCACCGUGCCCACCUCUGAAUUGACUGAACUAAAGACACAGAUUGCCCAGUUGUCAGCGACUUUUGCCGCUCUGCAGCUGCGCCGAUCCCCCGGUCCCUCUCGACGUUCCUUCGGCCGUGACCGUCGUCGUUCCCGCUCUCGCCCCAGGACCGCCAAUCUAUGUUGGUAUCAUGUCAACUAUGGCGAUAAGGCGCGGCGCUGUGUCCCACCCUGCUCCUUCAAGUCCACGCAGGGAAACUCCUCGGCCGGCGAAUAA